UUGUUAUAACUGUAAAAUCGCCAAUUUAUUUAAACUCGCAAAAAAUUAACAAAACUGGACAGCAGGAUAUUUUUUCAAAGGGGUUAAAUUUAACUUAGAAUGUAGAAGUUUUGAUAAAAGCAGGGGAAACUUUCAGUUUAGCAUUGCAAUCUAUCUUUAUUAAGUUUAGAUUCCGUCGGUCGUUAUUAGACUCAGGUUUAAAUAAGGGUUGUUUUGUAUAAUGAAUGUAAGGUGGAUCAGCCUUGCCUGUCUUGUGCUGGUAUUUGCGGCUUACCAAAUCGAAGCACAGCAAAUCACUUGUGCCCCUAAUAAUGGGGGUUGUUCACACACUUGUCUAUUCCGUGGAACUGGAAACCGAACGUGUGGUUGUCCGUGUGGCUUUGCUCUGGACUCUAGUUUGACUAACUGUGUACCCAGCAACCCAUGCAACGUGGAUCUGUAUAUUCUCAUCGAUGUCUCAAUGAACACCGACCCUAUUGCCUGUAUUCUUAAUACCGCAUUCACAAACUGGCUUACUUGGCGAAACAACGUUGUCGGUGUACUAAAUUCAUUUGUAGCUGACGAUGCGGGCUCGACGUACCACGUCGGAGUACAAACUUUUUCUUCAGGCUUCCCAACCACCAUUAAUCUGUACAACGAUACGAACCUUCAGCCAGCCAUAACUACAUUAAGUACCACAGCAACCCCAACGUGUACAGCUCUAGGAGAGUUUAUCAGCCAAAUCACGUUUGCGGUCGAGAGUUUUCCAUCACUCACAAAUUUCCAAUACAGAGGUCCUGGUGUACGAAGAGACCCCAUGACAACAUCUCGUAUCGCAAUGGUUUUAAAUGCUGGACCCGGGGGUACUAACUUAGCUGCGAUAAAUGCCCGUUUACCGACAAUCAUGUCCCAGAUGGAUGAUAUUUUGGUUGUAACUUCGAAAAUCAUUGCCGAUAACACUCAAUCUGCAUUAAACGAAGAUAUUAGCAGGCUUGCUGCGUGUGGGAGCACUGCUGCCGCUUGUGGCGAUGUGUUUUAUUUUGACUCCCCUAACUCUGAUGGCCUGGCAGUCAGUGGAGCAAACCUCAAGUCAAAGAUGAACACAAGCGCGUGUUUGGCAAGGCGGGGAGGCGCCACUCCUGUUGUCACUACCAACUGUGGGCAGACGUUCACAGCCACCAUACCGAAGUGCCUACUCAACGGUCUUACCCUCUCGGACCUCUCUUUAUCGGACCCUUUGUGUACAAUUACCGGCGUUGAGUCCGGAAGCAACUACAUUGUUAGCAUCCCGUUCAUCGGUUGUGGCAUAACAACAUCGGCGUUUGUUGACAGCAGCGGAAAUCCUAAGACCAAUUUCACUCAAAUUAUCCAAACCCGAAACAUCUCUGCCAACCAAAUACUACCUAGUUUUAGUACAAAAGUACAAUGCCACUACGCGGCUUACGUGGAACCUCCAGUCGUCGUGGCAUUAAACAAAAGCUUCAACGGGACAGCAGCCUCGGGGAGCACUUUUCAACUUGAAACAUUAGCAUUUAAAGACAGCUCAUACACCACACGUUACAUGUCAACUGACUGUAUACCCGUAGACACGAGCGUUUAUUUGCGAGCAUCAGCUGCCCUUUCAUCGGUGUUAACGCUUAAAGUGUGGAGCAUGCACGCAACGCCAUCAGCAAAUGAGAAUGAUGCUCAAUCUUACCCCAUGAUAACUGCCGGGUGCGCAGUGGAUAGUUCGGUUGUUAUUCUACCGAGUGCAAGCAACGAAGUGAAGAUCAAAUACAACAUGUUUGAGUUUUCUUCAACCGCGACCGCAUCGAACGCCAACAAGUUACCGGUUUAUCUUCACCUAUCUUUUAACCUGUGUGUGGUGAACGAUACGAGUGCCGCGUGCACACAAACUUGUACACAGCAGCCUGGUCGUCGCAAGCGUUCACUUGCAGACGUAAAAGUAUCCCGAGUGAAGACUCUUGGACCAUUUAAAGUUGGAAGCAACAAGCAAGGGCCAUUGAAUGAGAACUUUAGCCCUACACACGUUUUGAUCAGGCGUGGGCAGAUCAACCACGGGUAUUUGAACAACGUAACCCUCUUGAUGAUGGCAAUUUUCGCUGUUUUCGUGAUAGAGGUAAUUCGUGUUCGACGUUCAAAGCUCCAGAAAGUGAAGGAAACUAAAAUAGCUCUUACAGAAGAGGUGGUGUUACAACCGAAUGAAGAGAAGGUUGACCUCAGUAAAGAGUGAUUCUAACUGGUAGUUCUUACCAAAAAAGCUGAUUUGUACAUAGCAACUAAGUUAAUGGACCGUCAAGUGCCUUUACUACAACAGCAUGAAUAAUUAAAAGUCUCCAAAACGGAUCUGGCCUUUAGGUCUUGUUUAGCAAUAGUCACAAAGAAUCGUCAUGUAAUCGGAAUACACGUAUAAGUAAUUAAAAA